CCGUAACGCGCGACGGCGAAGCCGAAGCAGAAGUUCAUCGUCUGCACGAAGUCAGAGCCCCACGGGAGCUGCGGAAACGCCGCAAACCACACGGUCGCGGGAUCGAGCACCGGGCGCAGCCGCUCGGCGGGGCGGUGGGGGGUCCUCCCGCCACACAGGGGGGCGGGUUCCCGCCUCCUCUCGAGAGCGCAGAGCGACGAGUCCUUCCGCCACGAUGGGCGGGGUAUCUUCCGACACCGGCGGCCUGGCAUUCGGGAAGUGGACCGCAAUCGACGAUGAAACGCUCACAAACUGCGUGGCUGGCCCUGGCUUUCUUCAGGGGCCGAAGCUGAUAGGUACAAAGCUGCGGACGCUCGGCGAGGUUCUAGAGGAGCUUAGCCGCUUUGAAGAGAACUUUAAAAACAAGAAGCUGUCAAAGAAGAAUAAAACUAUCGCUUUUAUUACUGCAUCCGCGCCCGAUUCCACGCCGGCAGCAGCUGGGCCGCCGUCCGCGACUCUAGUAAGUUCAAAAUCCCUGAUCGCCAAACUAGUUGCCCGGAUGCGUGGGCUGGCGCAGCUAGAAGUUGCGGUGCGGGAUGCAAUCAGGGGAGCGGAGUACUUCGUCGUCAACUUUAGCGCAUCCAACAAGAAGCGCGGCGAGUACAACAGACUUCGACACACGAUUUCUGCUGCCCUCGACCGCAGAGCGGAAUUCUUGAACGGUUUCAGUGCGGAGAAAGUCACUGAGGUGGUCUCCACGCGACCCGUACAAAUAAUAAAUGCUCGCGGCGCAUCCUCGAAGAAGAAGAAGCCGGCCUCAAGAAGUACGGGAGCAAGUGCGGUGAAUAGCCAGAUCGUCGAUCUUUUCAACCGCCUCAUUCGACCCGCGCUGAAGACGCAACAUGGUAUGACGGAGCUCGCACGGAUUCCAGUUGCCUCGCAGCUCAUCGACGCGAAGAACGAAGUGCAGGCACGCCUCAGUACUCUUAGCAGGAUAUCACACAGGAAGACGCUGGCAUAUCUUUUUCCUAGUGCAAAAAUAUAAAAAAUAGAAAAGGGCGAGCCCACAGGGUGUGUAAAAGUACUUAGAGAAUUGGUAAACUAUUUUUGCAUUAUACGCUGACACUAUGACUAUCCUUUUUCUUUCCUGUGGGAUACAGAAAUCUGAGGCGGUUUGGCGUUUUUUGGGAAGACCUACA